GUCCAGGAAGUAAAAUGGCUGCAGGUGGAAUGGAAGACACAAGACAGAGUCAUGAUUACCUGAAAGCAGGGCGGAGCCACAAAGCGGAUGUGGUUGACCUGCCGAUGGAAGAUGACAGAUAUAAGAAGCUGCCAAUAGGAGCACAUGGGGCAGGUUCAGACAUGAUUUACACCAUUGAAGACGUCCCACCCUGGUACCUGUGUAUUCUACUGGGACUACAGCAUUACCUGACAUGCUUCAGUGGCACUGUGGCAGUGCCGUUUCUUCUGGCCGAGGCGAUGUGCGUCGGUCGAGACCAGAACACCAUCAGUCAGCUGGUCGGGACCAUUUUCACCACCGUCGGAAUCACAACGCUGAUCCAGACCACCGUGGGAGUCAGACUUCCUCUGUAGGCGAGUGCGUUUGCAUUCCUGAUUCCUGCUCAGGCGAUUUUCAGUCUGGACCGUUGGAAGUGUCCCCCGGAGGAAGAGAUUUAUGGGAACUGGAGUCUUCCACUCAACACAUCACACGUGUGGCAGCCACGCAUCAGAGAGAUCCAGGGUGCCAUCAUGGUGUCCAGUGUUCUGGAGCUUCUGAUUGGUCUGUUCGGGUUACCUGGUUUGCUGCUGGACUACAUCGGUCCCCUCACCAUCACUCCGACUGUCUCACUGAUCGGCCUGUCUGUCUUCACCACCGCUGGAGACAGAGCCGGGUCCCACUGGGGCCUGUCAGCACUGUGUAUUUUCCUCAUUGUGCUGUUUGCUCAGUACCUGAGAGCGACAUCACUUCCUGUUCCUGUUUACAGCAGCAGGAAGAAAGGACUGACCUUCACCAAAGUCCAGAUCUUCAAAAUGUUUCCUAUAAUUCUCGCCAUCAUGGUCGUCUGGCUCGUUUGCUACGUUCUCACUCUGACCAACUUGUUGCCGAGCGACCCAGAUCGGUACGGACACAAGGCUCGGACGGAUGCCCGUGGUGACAUCAUGGCGUCAUCACCCUGGUUCAGAGUCCCCUACCCCUGCCAGUGGGGGUUGCCGGUAGUAACGGUUGCUGGGGUGUUGGGGAUGCUGAGCGCCACCAUGGCUGGCAUCGUGGAGUCGAUCGGCGAUUAUUACGCCUGCGCUCGUCUGUCUGGAGCCACGCCCCCUCCGGUCCAUGCCAUCAACAGGGGGAUCUUCACCGAGGGCGUCUGUUGCAUCAUCGCUGGUCUUUUAGGGACAGGAAAUGGCUCUACCUCCUCUAGUCCAAACAUCGGCGUUCUGGGCAUCACCAAGGUGGGCAGCCGGCGGGUGGUGCAGUACGGAGCAGGAAUCAUGUUAAUUUUGGGAUCCAUCGGGAAGUUCACGGCUCUGUUUGCCUCAUUGCCCGAUCCGAUCCUCGGAGGAAUGUUCUGCACGCUGUUCGGUAUGAUCACAGCUGUCGGUCUGUCUAACCUGCAGCUGGUGGAUUUGAACUCAUCCAGAAAUCUUUUUGUUCUCGGGUUUUCAAUGUUCUUCGGUCUGACUCUGCCAGCAUACCUAGACGAACACCCGGACUCCAUCAGCACAGGUCUGACUGAGCUGGAUCAGAUCCUGACGGUUCUUCUGUCCACUGAGAUGUUUGUUGGAGGUUUUCUGGCUUUUUGUCUUGACAACACAAUAGCAGGUUCCAAACAGGAGCGAGGUUUAGUAGAAUGGAGGUCUUCGUCGUCGUCGUCCUCCUCCUCCUCCUCCUAUGACCUCCCUCUGGGGAUGGGUGUGGUCAGACGGACUCGCUGGCUCAGACGGUUUCCCAUCAGCCCCUCCUUCAGAGGUUUUCAGGCAUCUGAUGAUUCGCCUCCAGCCAGCGAGGAGGAGGAGGGAGAUGCUGACAUCAACCUGCCGGGUACCAAGGUGUGACCGUCACGUCAUCAUAGACAUUAACUGAGUGUCAAACCUGUGAUGUGACUGACGGAGGCGUUCCUCCCUCAUGAAGGCGCCAGAGACUGUUAGAACUGGGAAAAGAAACUGUCGAAAGAACAGAAAAAUAUGCAGAUUUUAUUUAAAGAAAUGACCAAAAACUUUUUUCAAAAACAUCCCCAAAAAAUUUGAAAGAAAGAAGAAUCACUAAUGCUUAAGACAUAGCUAACAUUUUUCAAAGAACAAAAUAUCCCCCAAAACGUUUUAAAGUAAAAAAAAACAAAAAAAAUC